GUCUUAUUCCUUAUUCAUUUCUGACUGUUAAAUUUUAACAUUCAUUUAGUAUUUAAUGCACAGUCUAAAGAGGAGUAGGCCAGGCUUCCAUUUCUGCAAGUUAUAUACUGUGUAUAACUGUGUGUGACAAAUACAAAUCUUGACUCUUGAAUCUGCAGUCUGAACCAAACAGUUCCCUGUCCAUGGCUUUAUUCUUUUCCAGCUCCAACACACCUGAGUCAGGUAAAUCAGUGUUCUCUUAUAGUCAGCCAUGUCUGCAUAAAUAAAUGAGCCAGAAUGUGGUUUUCCUUGUUGCUGAGGUCGUACCAUCAAAAAUACGUCUACUGUACCUUUGGUAUGCAUCUGUCACCUGGAAAUGUGCAUAUUAAACUUUUAAAGGACCACUGGAGUACUCUAACAGGUAAAUAUAGGGACAUGACUUCACAUUCACCUCCUCAGGUAAACGCUAGUACCACCUCAGCGACAAGGAAAAGUACAGUUUGGUACCUUUAUUUCUGAGAAGGUGCUCCUGAAGAUCUACUUCCCCAGUCACCUGAUCUAUGUACUCGAAGACUUUAGCAGGACCAAAAAUAUCAAAGACGCUGGACACUAUGGAAGGUAAUUCAGACAGAGCAGAGAUCUGCAGUUCUGCAGUAUGUAUUUACCUGGCUCAGGUACAGGGACGGACUGGCCAUCAGGAAGUUCAGGAAUUUUUCCAGCGGGUGCUUUAUUUUCCUCUGGGCGGGCCAAUGUUUUUAAUUUUUUUUCCCUUAUUCUCUUCUCUUUGAUGCAUGCUUGGGGACAGGUCUCACACACACACACACACACACACACACGCGCACACACACACACACUGUAUAGCAGGCCAGCACUAGGACACUACCACUCAGAAACCCUACUUAUGAUGUAUCAUUUCAUAUAUCAUUUCUAGUUUCCAAGCUUUCUGAAAUGGGAGCACCUGUGCUACCUGAUGAAUAUAAUUUUGAGCCAUUGACUGUUUGCUUACCAAGUAAAUCAAUGCUUUAUCAAAGAAAUGAUUGAAGUAUACAAAAUGAGCUGAAUAAUUAAUUUCAUGUAUUUUUAUUUGAUUGCUGCUGUUUAUGUGGAAUCAGGUGAUACUAAAGCAGAUGAAGCAUGAGGCAAGAAGGGCAGAAACUGUGCAGGAUGUCAUAAUAAUAGAUACACUUUCUAGGGCUGAUUUUUGUUCCCAGUCCACCCCUGCUCAGAUCCAGCUCAUCAGGUGGCACUGCCAUGUCUGCAGAAGGCGUGGGCUUCAGGCAACCAGCCAAGAGCAGAAUCCGCCGGCAUCAGCACCGCAUUUCCGCUGUGUUCAGCCGCAGUGUGCUCUCGGCUCGUGGGGACAUAGCUACAGCUGGAGAAGAACCAUCAGUAACAGACGAUCCCUCAGAACUCUCCAGUCACAUAACAGCACCAGGAAUCCUGAAGAUUUUUGGCAACGAGAUCUGCGAAGGUGCCAACUAUAAGAGUGUCCUGGCUACAACCCACUCCAGUGCCAAAGAGCUGGUGAAAGAAGCACUCGAGAGAUACUCUCUGAACAAGGCGGAUGCUGAUGCCUACGUCCUUUGUGAUGUUAUCGGCUGCAUCAGAGAACGAGAAUGGAGGAGCGAGUGUGUGCGUGUGGUGGGAGACAACGAGCGGCCGCUGCUCCUGCAGUCACUCUGGAAGCCCAGAGAAGGCUACGCUCGGCGCUUUGAAAUCCAGAGCAGAGCCAGCGUUGAAGAAAAGAUCUCCAAAGACAAGGACACAGUGACUGCAGGGAUCAACGCGCAGGCUCGUAAACUACAGAAGACACGCUCACGGGGGAGGUCUGUGGUGUUCAGCGGAGGCGGGCGUGGCACUGCCACAGACAUCGGGCUGAGUCUGUGCAGGAGUCUCAGUGAAGCAGAUCUCAGACCCUCCCCUGAGCCCCAGCAGAGCCUUACGAGCCAAUCGGGCGGGGAGGACUCGGAGGCCUACAAAGAGCUUCCCUGUGCGGCUGGCAGAAAAGAAGAGUCGGAGAGCGGCGAUGACAACUACACACAGUAUUCCAUUCACCCGCCCGUGCACUUCCCUUACUUCCUGCUACUGCAGGGCUUCAGUUACAGACAGGACUUCAUCAUCUAUGCCCUAAAUAGCAGCUGUACAGUUUUUGGCCGUAAUUCUGAGCAGUCUGAUGGAGUGAAAGAGCAGCCAGCUAUAGGUGUGACUCUUUGGGCUCCUGACAUCCAACCACAGCAUUGCUGCAUUCAGAGACUCCAGGUCACAACUUCUGACUUUCAGCAAGAUGACAGGAAAAGACCAGGAGGCACCGUCCUGAAGCCCCUACAUGGUGCUUUGGUCAAGAGGAACGGAGCUGUUGUCAACCAAGAGGUGGAGCUUCAUUCGGGAGAUGUCAUAGGCUUGGGCGAGAAUUACCUCUUCAUGUUUAAGGAUCCCAACACUGAAAUUUUGGGCAACUCUCAUAGUGUAGCUCUUCCAUGGCUGCAUGACCCACCACAACCUCAUCCUCCCACGUCACUUCCUCUCUAUCAGACAUGUGUGUUGUCUACGUCAGGGGGCUCAGGAACACCCUGUGCUGCAGAAAGCACCUUGCCCUGCCUGAGGGACACAAACGGGCAAGAGCUCAUCCUCUUUUAUGACGUAGAGCAUGAAACACGGGUCCUGGAGGAGAUAUUUACAAAGGUAGGCCAUCAUGAAGACCUGCACAAGCUCACCCCAUCUUUCCUGAUGUGUUUAUGCCUCCAGCAAUCAGCCACACACUUUCCCAUGACCGACCUGCGACGUCUUCUGCUACGUAUAGCCAAUGAGGUUCAAAUAGCUGUACUGGAAAGGGCGAAGGAGCUUGCAGCUAUUCAAUCUGAAAUGGAAGGCGUUGAUCCAGUGGAGCUGCAGCCGGAGAACCUUCUCAGAAGCCUGCAGCCGCUUGUUCUGUGGAUGGCCAACUCCAUCGAGCUCCUCCAUUUCAUCCAUCAAGAAGUGCCUUGCUUGUUGCACGGGAUUUCACGAAUGGAGGAGGAAGAGGAGGAAGAUUGCAUGGCUGUGUUGGAGUUGCGCUUGUCUACUGUGCGGCCUGCCAGCGAGGAGGCCAUGACAGUCCUGGAGGAGGUCAUUAUGUUUACCUUCCAGCAGUGUGUGUAUUACCUCACCAAGCUCCUGUACCCGGUCCUCCCAGGCCUGUUAGACAGCAAUCCUUUCUCAGAGAAAGGGCAGGUGCAGAUCCCUGAUGAAGUGGCCAGCGUGUUGGACAUCUUUACAAAGACACUGAAUCUCAUCAAAGACUUCCACAUACACCCUGAAAUUUCCAUACAGCUCUUCACUUACCUCUUCUUCUUUGUCAAUGCCUUCCUCUUCAACCUGCUCAUGGAGAGAGGAUCAGGGGGGCACUUUUACCACUGGUCCUGUGGGGUUCAGAUCCGUGCAAAUUUGGAUGUGCUGAUAGACUGGGCUUACACGGCAGGGCUCGGAGAACUGGCACAGAGCCACCUCCUCAAACUCUCCUCCGCUGUCAAUCUGCUGGCCACCACUCGAGAACAUCUGCUGCAGGCAUCAUGGGGUUCUUUGAGGACAGAGUUUUCCUCACUAAGCCCUGCUCAGCUUCACCACAUGCUGAGGGAGUACAACCCACGCCGGCCCAGCCCCUCCUCAUGGACGCCCUGCAGCGCCGACGCCGACGCAGCAUGCCGAACUGCUGAUAUUCUGGAGAGCUUUGAUAACCACCCGCCUCUUGUCCUGCCCAUCGAUGGCUUUCAGCUGAACUUAAAAAAGCCUAUUGGAGAUACAAGCCUCAUUAAAGAACUUGUAAAGCUUCAGGCAGUCAUCAAGACACUUAAUGUUGGAGCAUCAACUGCACAGUGUGCUCAGCGUGACUCUGCCAUCCCCCUGGAAGCCAAAUGCACUAUAAUGGAGGUUCUUCCAAAAGCCCGUCUAGAACAAGGACACACACCAUUGAUGGUGCCUAAGAACUGUGAUUCUUCCACUUGUUCGUCAGUAUCAGGUGACGAGGGCAUGUGUGAAGUUCUGCUAACCAAAAAGAUAAAGGCUCUGGAUCUACAGGACAAAGAGGCGAGCCACAACAGCAGAACUAAGCACUCGGCACUGGAAACCUCGUGCUUGCUCACCCCACCUAACACACCACUGAGCUCAGAGCGGAUGGACUGCGAGACCGAAUGCCAAGAUAUGGAGUCCCACCAUCACACUCCCCAGUGCUGUGAGGAAGGUGGAUGUGGAAGGCAUGAAGUCGGUGAUGAUGAAGUGUUUGUGGUGGAGCUGCUGAAGGGCCCUGGAGGACUUGGACUGUCUCUAGUGGAUGGAGUGGAAACACCAAUGAAGAUGAACGGGAUUUAUAUUAAAUCAGUGAUCCCGGGGUCUCCUGCAGCUCUGAGUCAGAGACUGAGGCCAGGAGAUCGACUUCUGGCGGUGAAUGGCCACGGAUUGGUUGGCUUGGACUACCACACCGGCAGGGAGCUCAUUCAGAAGGCUGGAGACCAAGCUCAGUUGCUAGUUGCCCGGACUGAAAGAAUGCACGAAGACACGGUGCCAAAACGCUGAGCAUGCCAACCCAUCUCUUCCUGACACACGAGUGCACUUUGAAGCUGUUCUGGAAAAUGGAAAGAUUUUAUUCUACUAAGUUUUUGUGUGAAGACACCAUUUUAAACAUGUUUUAUAACACUACUGUGGUGUUUUAUGCAACCAAUGCUUAUUCCUUUUAUAUCAUUUUCCUUUUAUAUCAUUUUUACAUCAUUUUUAUAAUCUGAUUAACAUAUGGCCACAAUAUUUGCAGCAAAAAUGAUUAUUAAUUGAUCAAUGUGCCUAAAUAAUAAUAAAAAAAACAGAACAUUUUAUUUGCAUUCAUUCUGAAACAUCAAAACAGUAAAUUCUCAUCAAACAAUUUUAACAUGUUACUACUUUUUUAAGGUCGUGUGAGAGAUCUUGGGAUCUCUGUUCCACUUUCUUUUUCUUAUUCAGACUCAAGAUGUAUAGGAUUAGGGGGGAGAUGGAGGGAGAGAGGAUGGAUGUGAAAAGAAAAAGGACAAAGAGAGGCAUAGUGAGCUGGAAAGCUGGAAAUUGAAAGAGAAAGCGUGUCAGAGAAUGACUGUGCUUUGGAGAAAGUGUCCUUGCUUGUUAUUCACUUAUUCAUCUUAAAGCACAAGUAAGUAGGAGUUCUGGGAGUUUAAGGCGUACCUAUGAACACUCCUAGGCUAGAACUGCUGUCCAGUAAUGUCUACUGUGCGCUUCAUGGCACCAUCAUUAUGAGUUUACAUGGCAUGACAAGAAUAUACAGUAUCAUGAUGGGCUUGUAAACUAGUCUUUGGAUAAUAUUACAAAAGCCAAUUGAUAUAAAAUGUUUUAUUAGAAUGUUAGAAUGGUGUGUUUUUAUAGCACAUCUUUUACAGUGGAAAUUGUCUCAUAGCAGCUUUACAUUUAUCAUUUACAUCAUCAGACAUCACUGCUGUAGCAAUUUAGUCUGAUUUACAUUUGUAAACCCUAAGGCCUAUUAUCUAGUACUCUCAGGAAAAUAAUGCAAAGUGAUUAACCUAACAUUACUUUAUAAGAAUAGGAAGUGGAAACACCCACAACUCUUCCUUGUGGAGUAGAGACCCAGAAAUGGGAAUUCAUCCUUCUAUUUCCAGCACGGAGUAUAGUUAGUUAUUUUUACAUUUAAUAGUUUAAGGAUUAUAGUUUAUAUCUAAGUUGCUUAGCAAUAAAGAGUAGUAUAAGAAAAGUCUAGUUACUGGAAUCAUUAAAUUAUAGUAAAAGAUUUGUUAUAGUUCAAACAACAGAAACCAAAGGUAAUUUUUUUUGUAAAUAUCCUUUCAUCGAGACUGUGGAUGUCCUUACUCUUCUGAAAGAUGAAGAGUCAGUGUUAGCGGUAUUAUAAGAAAUUUGACCAAUUUAAAGUUGUCUAAAGUUGUAUAAUUGAUAAUCAAUAAUGAGCCAUAAUUAAUAUUCCUUCAAGAUCCUGAAGCCUGUGGCUUGGAAAGUGUACAAAAGAUUUCAGACACUCUGUGGCUCGUGGGUGGAGAGCAUGAGCCAGCAGCUGGGUUUAUCUAUGCAGUCUAUAAUAAGAUCUAUAAUAAUCAAAUUAUUUUAAAGAUACCUUAAGAAAACUGUUUGCGGUAUUGGCAAUGGAUAUGGCUAGGUUUUUUUUUUUUUGCUGUUGCUGUAUUUAUGUAUUGUUUUUCAUUUCAAACAUUUUGUUUAGAUUUUUCUGGCCCUGAAAUUAGCUGCGUCAUGUCAUUUUAACUUCAGAUGCUCAAGUUUUCAAUGCUCAAGUAUUGCUUAUACAGUAAAUAACCAGCUUGCAUGCACGCUAGUCAGCAUAACCCUAGGCUUUUUAGCAGGAAGGCUGCACAGCGAUUCUAUAACUUAUAUAACGAUUUCAGUUAAGCUGGUAGUGAAGAACAGCACGAACUACUGUUAAUAGUAAAUUUCCAUUGGCAAACACUUGUCAUAAAGUGAUUGUGAGUCUUUCUUGUUAAAAAAUGUUUAUUCAAAUGGAUUUUUCACACUACUGAAAAACUAUAGUAACUAUGUUUUCACUCCAAUAAAAUGAUGUGAGGCUAUUCAGCAGGA